AUGCAUCGCUCUACCCUUGCUCUCGUUCUCCUGUUCGCUCUUUGCUGCGUGGGCGGGUCGAUCGCUUACGACGUCGUGGUGCCGACCAUCUACGGUGACAUCGGUGGCCUCGCCACCGACGUUGGCUACGAGUUCACCUCGGUGCCCUUUGCCAAGCCCCCCAUCGGCAACCUUCGCAUGCAACCUCCCCAGGAACCGGAUUCGUGGCAGAGGGCCGGCACUUGGACCGAGGACUGCCUCUACAUGUCCAUCUACGUGCCCAAGAACUUCAACGACGGCACCAAGCGCGACGUCUUCAUCUUCAGCCACGGCGGAGCGUUCGUCGGUGGGUCGAUGAGCACGUUCAUCGGGCGGGACAUGGCCAACCUGACCAACACCAUUGUCAUCUCGAUCAACUACCGCCUGGGCAUCCUCGGCCUGCUGGGCCACCAGGCCUUCCUGUGGGAGUCGGGCACCUACGGCAACUACCUCCUCAUGGACCAGCGCCGCGCCUUCCAAUGGGUGCGCGACAACAUUCGCAACUUCGGCGGAAACCCGCGCUCGGUGACCAUCAGCGGCUUCUCGUCGGGCUCGAUCUCGGUCGCGCUCCACGCAGUGUCGCCGCUCAGCUGGGGCCUCUACCACAAGGCCGUGGGCCUGUCGGGCGUCGGUUACUCGGGAACGCAGCUCAACGAUCGCUCCUGGAUCACCGACGUGAUGUGGACCGUGCUCGAAAAGGUGAAUUGCACCACGUUGCUGUGCAACCGGAACUCCCUGAUCGUCGGUCCGCUGUGUGCGGCCCACCUGCGCCAGUGCUUCCGCGCGGUGCCCAUCGAGACGCUCAUCCAGGUCCAGAACACCAUCGACGAGCUGGUCAAGCCCCGCCCGGCGGUCGACGGCUUCGUAGUGCCGGCCCAGCCGCUCGACAUGAUCAAGUCGGGCUUCUACUACCACGUGCCCACCCUCCACGCCGUCGGCAACAACGAGUCGACCGUCCUCCUCUCGCGCAACUACCCCCUUGACUCCGACGAGUCCCAUUUUAACUCCUAUGUGACCUCCAUGUUCGGCGCCGCGCUCAUCCCGCACGUCAAGGAGCUCUACCCCGUCGGCCCCGGUGCCGGCCAGUACCCCACAUGGUUCGCCGCCAUGUCCAAGAUCGACACCGACUGGUACUACACCUGCCCGACCCAGCGCUGGCUCAAGGCCAUGGCCGCCACCGGCUCCCAGGACCAGCUCUACAUGUACUUCAGCGACUACGUCGGCCCCUGGUACAACCCGGCCCUGGGCACCUUCCACGGCAUGGACACCAUCUACGCGCCCGGCCAGGGCUGCAUCGCGGCCUACACCCCACGCACCUGCGCCCCGGCCCUGCUGGAGACGCCGGAGCGGCCGCUGGUGGAGCUGCUCCAGGGCAUCUGGACCUCGAUGGCCAAGGAGGGCAACCCGGGCAUGGCGGGCUGGCCCACCUACUCCGCGGCCAACAACUACCCCUACCUCCACAUCAGCGGCGUCAACAACGCCUUCAUCGACUCUGCGCCCCAGCAGGCCCAGCAGUGCCAGCUGUGGAACUCCAUCUCUGUCUAG